GCCGGCAGGGAUUGGCGGGAGGAAUUAGUACUCACUUUCUUCCCUGCUACGUUGGUGGGUGGAGAAGCGAAGCUGGGCCGCCAUGGAGACGCAAUUCGUAAUUGGCGGGUGUUCUUUCCUUCGGGCUCUAGGGAUUGGUGGAUGGCCGAUUGGGCGGUGCUGAUUGGACAGCAGCGUCCUGGGCGGGCCCGCCCUGAUCCCGCCCCGAUCCCGCCCCGCCGCCGGGACUGACUGGCGGAAGGGGAAGUGGGGCGGGGAGGUGGGCAAGCGGCGGUGGGAAAGAUGGCGUACCAGAGUCUCCGGUUGGAGUACCUCCAGAUCCCACCGGUUAGCCGCGCCUACACCACCGCCUGCGUCCUCACCACCGCCGCUGUGCAGUUGGAAUUGAUCACACCUUUUCAGUUGUACUUCAAUCCUGAAUUAAUCUUUAAACACUUUCAGAUAUGGAGGCUAAUCACCAAUUUCUUAUUUUUUGGGCCAGUUGGAUUCAAUUUUUUAUUUAACAUGAUUUUUCUAUAUCGUUACUGUCGAAUGCUAGAAGAAGGCUCUUUCCGAGGUCGGACAGCAGACUUUGUAUUUAUGUUCCUUUUUGGUGGAUUCUUAAUGACCCUAUUUGGUUUGUUUGUGAGCUUAGUUUUCUUGGGCCAGGCCUUUACAAUAAUGCUUGUCUACGUGUGGAGCCGAAGGAACCCAUAUGUCCGCAUGAACUUCUUCGGCCUUCUCAAUUUCCAGGCCCCCUUUCUACCCUGGGUGCUCAUGGGCUUUUCCUUGUUGUUGGGGAACUCAAUCAUUGUGGACCUCUUGGGUAUUGCGGUUGGACACAUAUAUUUUUUCUUGGAAGAUGUAUUUCCCAAUCAGCCGGGUGGAAUAAGAAUUCUGAAAACACCAUCUAUUCUGAAGGCUAUUUUUGAUACACCAGAGGAAGAUCCAAAUUACAAUCCACUCCCUGAAGAGCGGCCAGGAGGCUUCGCCUGGGGUGAGGGCCAGCGCCUCGGCGGUUAAGGCAGCGGUGCCAAUAAUGAGACCCAGCUGGGAAGGACUCAGUGACAUACCCCUCGGGAUUCUUUUAUCCUUUGUGUUGCAAAAGUGUGGACACUUUUGACAGCUUGACAAGAUUUUAACUCCAGAAGCACUUUAUGGAAUGGCACGUUGAUUAAUACAGAAGACAUUUCCAGCCUCCUGCCAGUGGUUCCUCACUACGCUGGUACUGAAAGUGUAAUCUCUUGGAGCCAAGAAACUGGAGAAACAAAGACCCUGCGCCUCUAAGGAGCGAGUACCCGAGUACCCGAGUUCUUUGGUGACGGGCAGAGUUUUUUCCUCCUCCUCCUCCUCCUCUUUGAUAGAUGAGGCCGUGGUGUAAAUGGAAGUUUCAGAGAGGACAAAAUAAAACUGAAUUCCGUCUCUCUCUCACUGAA